AUGGCAUGGUUGAAGACUGAGUACCUCCAUAGGAAUUCGAAUGCGAGGGCCGACUAUCUCGUAGACGUGCUGAUCAAGGCGCCAGGGGAGAUAGCAGCUUCUUUCCUCAUUAUGGACCGGAGAAGCUUAGCACGCCCAUUUCGAGUCCGUGAGUGCCACGCUGGUCAUCGAACCGCAUUGAAGGACUACGAAAAUCACAGAGACCACAUCACGGAAGUCGCGCAUGGAAGAUGGCGUGUAGAAGCAGUGACUACGAACAAGAUAUAUGCUGUUACCAUGUUACCAAAUCUGCACUGUGAUUGUGAUGCAAAGGAUAAUCUACACUGCCGGGCAUGCGGCGUAUGCCCAUAUUUGCUGCAAUGCACAUGUGGUAAUGCGGCUAGGUCGGGUGUGAGCUGCGAACACAUGCACGCCAUAAUGAUGUAUACCAACAUGUCCGAACAAGCGACGGAGGAAUCCCUGCGCGGAUCUGAAGCACUGCAAGAAACCCCACCAGCAGAUAGUGCAGCGGAGGAGACAUCACGAGCCAGCAGCGAAGCAUCGGAGCAGCUAUUAUCCGGUGGAGAACCACUCCUCCGUACAGCCCAAACGGCAGCGCAACCUUCGAACGAUAAGGAAAAGAGAUUGGAGCUGUUGAGGACGGCGAAGAUAAGCAUCACGGUGAUCGAGGAUCGAGUAAAACGUUUCGUCAAGAUGGACUCGAACGAUACACUUGACAAGCUGAUGGGACUUGUUGCACAAAUACAAGAAGUCGAAAAGUUGGCAUUGUCUUAUGAAGAAGACGAUAUACGACUCGCGCCAAGGCCUGAAAUCAAUCGUGUGGGAGCGAAACCUCAUCUAACCGACCAUACGUUUAGAAACGGUGAGUGCAACAAUUCUAUGCCAGCAUAA